CCGAACAUAAAAUGAAAAUGGCAAUGAAGGAAAUCAACCGUAAAAGAUAUUUAAGGAUAUUGGGGAUAUUUGAAUACAUCAUUGAUCAAGGAUGGGCAGUCGGGAGUGGCCUGGGAUCGCUGGACCACGAAAUGAACCGAAGUAGCAAAGGAUUUGUGACGUCAAUUUUUUUACUUCGUGAGCCGCUGCACCACUCUGGUUUGUUACCACGGCUCAUCGAAAUAAUGAAAUGGUAUUUAGAGUUCGGAGAGAUAUACCAGAAUCCGUUUGAAUUUCUAGGGACGACUGCUGACCGAUUAAGAACGCUGUUUUUGUACCGUUUGAUGUGUGUACUUGUCAUGCCCGAGGCCACACUUCAACAAGCUUUGGACAAACUGCGCGAUAUGAAAGCUUUGAGAGCCUGGUACGAAAAUGCACUAAGCAUCAAUCCCGGUUUAGGAGGCACCAUAAAACCGGAUUAUACCGGAUAUCAUCAUAGGUCAUUCUAUCCAAACGAUUACGUGUUACCAGGUCUUCUGACCGCGUCACAAGUAGUAUAUCUCCUCAGAGGGACUAACUAUGAAUUGUCUCAAAGAAGUCGGAAUGAUUUAAGAAAAGCAAUUCAUUUCAUGCGACUAUUGUCGGAACAGUACGCCAUCCCUAACAGUAUAACAAACAAUCCUACGUUGGCAAAGCCUGAGCUUAUUUGUCUUAUACCAGCUUUCGCUUAUGCCGUAUUAUGGGAUGAAAACUCGCGAGAUUUUCUGCCACCAAGGACUUCAACAUGGCUUCAAUAUGCUGGCUCACCUCCAAGCAGUAGGCCCACAAGAGACGAACACGCGAGCCCACUACAUAUAGAAAGUCUUCGUCUGUUCAUGCGCAUGUUCAAUGAGUCCAACAGGGACGUACAAUCGUAUUUAAAGAGCGGGAAAGGAUGCUCAUGGAAGACCUCAUAUAUGUUUACAUUAGGGUCUCUGUCGCUUCUGUAUGAGCUGAAAAAACGCGCAAAGGUGCUUGGAAUUAGUGCAGAGCCAGCCCCACAAGGCAAUUGGGCAAAAAACUUUGCAGCACUCUCAAUACACCGACGUCAAAAUUGGGUGGUUACUGUCAAGGGGUUUAAUAAUUUCGUUUGGGGCCAUGAAUCCUCUACACGAGGUAACCAGUAUGGCAGGUAUCAGAGCUAUGGACAGUUAUUGAUUGCAAACACGGAUUAUGGUUUAAAAGCGUACGAUAUUGACCGAGGUUGGGACUGGACCCGACUACCAGGCACUACUUCCUUACGUGUGCCUGCAGAACAACUCAUGGGGCAAGAUCAGUUGUAUAAUCCCAAGAGUCUUUGUGGAGCGAUGAAUUUUCAAGGAACCAGCAAAUUUCGUAACGGUGUUUUCACCAUGGAUUUUGAAAGACCAAAGUAUGGUGACAAUAUCCGUUCGGAGUUAUGGUUUAAAAAAUCCGUUUUCUUUUUCAACGAAUUACUAGUGUGUGUAGGCAGCGAUGUGAGAGCAAAACGGUUUAGUUUCAGAACGGCUAAAGCUGAAACAACGCUAUUUCAGAAUAUAGGACAUUUUGCAGACCGUAGGCGGUCUAUACGGUUAAAUGGUUAUGAGAUAUCUUUGGGGACACCAAAAUAUGGCAGGAGAUUUAUGUGGGCAGAAAAUUCACCAGCCAUGCUAAUCGAUGUUAAUCAAAACGCCUACUACGUCCCGCGUGCAGGCAAGCAAAAUCUAAAUGUCUGGCUUGUCAAUCAAACGCAAACAUCUGACAGCCCGAAAAUAACAGACGGGUAUUACGCAACAGCUGUGUUACGUCACGGAGGUAAUCCAGAUGGAAUAAAUUACGAGUAUGCAGUGUUAGUGAAUUCUUCUUAUGAAAAACUAUAUAAAAUGGUGUGCAGGCAGGAAAGACUAUACGGGCUGCCGAAAUAUGAAUUGCUUCAGCAAGAUACAAAUGCACAUGUUGUAAAAUUUAAUAAUUCCCCCCGGAUUGGUUUAACAACAUACGGGUAUUCUAUUUUCACUCCGCGAACUAAUUUACCCGGACCACUUUGGAUGGUAGGGGAUCCUUGUGUACUUAUGGUAGAAGAUGGGGGUAAGAAGAGCACAAGAUUGGUAAUAGGUGUGAGUUAUCCACAGAUGAAUUUCAAUUCGACAAAGAAAAUGAAAACAUCCCAAGAUGCGAGAGAAAACGAGUUAUUCUACAUGCGUAGUCAAGAAAAAAGGAUUUGGGUUUUAUUAAGAAGUAAAGUUUAUCGUGAUGGCUUUCGUGUUUACGUUGAUGGGAAAGCAGUGGAUAAACAAGACGUUGAUGCAUAUAUUGGAAUAUUUCCACUCUACGAUGAACCAAGUACAGGAUCUCUUGUUCACUUCAAAAACCUGUAUAACGGUUUUACAACGGAGGUUCAUUUACGACGGCUUGUGAGCCCCAGUAUUAAGGCGCAUCGUUGAUAAAAUAUGUAGAAACAUAAUCAAAUUUACACAUA